AUGGAAGAUGGUCACUCCCUUUUCGAUUACAGCGUGGGACUGAAUGAUAUUGUCCAGCUCCUGGUCAGACAAAGCCCAGCAGUGGUUCCUGCUGGGAGCAAGGAGAAGGAUCCCGAGCUCUCCGACACCGACUCCGGCUGCGGCUCCGGCCAAAGCGACUCGGACAAGAGCUCCCACAACGGGGAGGGAGCCCUGGAACUGGAGGGCCAGCCCAGCACAGCAGCACAGCCCGACUGGAGCCACCCUGUCUUUGGCCUCUAUAAGAUCAAUGACUUGGUGGACGCCCGGGACACGGACAUGGGAGCGUGGUUUGAAGCCCAGGUUGUGAAUGUGACCAGGAAAAAACCUCCCAGGGAAGCAGCUGAGAGUUGCACAGAGCCUGGCCGGCCCACAGCCGUGCCUGAGGAAGAUGUGAUCUAUCAUGUCAAAUAUGACGAUUAUCCAGAGAAUGGAGUGGUGCAGAUGAGCUCCAGUAACGUUCGGGCCCGGGCACGGACGAUUCUCAAGUGGCACCAGCUGGAAGUGGGACAGGUGGUGAUGGUCAACUACAACCCUGAUGAACCAAAAGAGAGGGGCUUUUGGUAUGAUGCUGAGAUCCUGCAGAAAAGGGAAACAAAAAUGACCAGGGAGAUCAAUGCAAAGAUCCUACUCGGGGAAGCUGGUGACUCCUUGAACGACUGCACAAUCAUGUUAGUGGAUGAAAUCUAUAAAAUUGAGGAGCCAGGCACUGCUUCCCCCAUCCCAGCUGGAACACCAAAACGACAGAGUGGCCCUGUGUGUAAAGCCUGCAAGGACAACCCAAACAAGACCUGCAGAGUCUGUGCUUGUCACAUCUGUGGAGGGAAACAAGAUCCAGACAAGCAGCUCAUGUGUGACGAGUGUGACAUGGCUUUCCACAUCUACUGCCUCAACCCUCCCCUCAGCAGCAUCCCAGAUGAUGAGGACUGGUAUUGCCCCGAGUGUCGGAACGAUGCCAGUGAGGUGGUUUUAGCAGGAGAGAGAUUAAAAGAGAGCAAAAAGAAACAAAAGAUGGCAUCUGCCAACUCAUCCUCGAGGAGAGACUGGGGCAAGGGCAUGGCGUGUGUCGGCCGCACCAAGGAAUGCACCAUCGUCCCCUCCAACCACUAUGGCCCAAUCCCUGGCAUUCCCGUUGGCACCAUGUGGAAAUUCAGAGUUCAGGUGAGCGAAUCCGGAGUGCACAGGCCCCAUGUUGCAGGGAUCCAUGGCAGAAGCAAUGAUGGGGCCUAUUCUUUGGUCCUGGCAGGAGGCUAUGAAGAUGACAUAAAAUUCCUAAACAAAGUGGAAGAGGCCUUCCUGUGUAUCUGCUGUCAGGAGGUCGUGUUCCGGCCCGUCACGACCGUCUGCCAACACAACGUGUGCAAGGACUGCCUGGACAGAUCCUUCAGGGCUGACGUGUACAGCUGCCCUGCCUGUCGCUACGACCUGGGCAAGACCUACAGCAUGGAGGUGAACGAGGCCCUGCAGGACAUCCUGACCCAGCUCUUCCCCGGCUACGGCAACGGCCGGUGAUUGCCUAAAGCACUUCUCCUUUCCUUGGGUUCACACUU